AUGGCAUCGGCUUUGGAGCAAUUCAUGAAGGGAAUGAUUUCCAACAAAUCCAAAGAAUGUGGAUUCAGAAUCGAUUGCGUUCUGAUAGUGGACAAUGCUGUUCCAGAUUCGGAGAGUCACUACGAGUGUGAAUCCGUUCGUUCCCAGCGCUCGGUUGCUUCAGCAGCGAUCAGUGUUGCUACUGCUGAGACAGCAGACAUGACGGUGGCCACUUCGGCUGCACCAGCUCACAAGGACCUUGAUCUAUCAGACGAGCACAUUCGGAUGCUACGUUGGUCCGCAAGUAUGGGAGUUCACACGGCGCUCACGGAGCUCAAAGCUGUGGAAGGACGAAUCGCCGAACGGGAUGCCGCAGACUAUGAAAAGAAACUACGGUGGUCCGCCGCUAUGGGCGACACUACUUCCAUGGCGAAACUGAAUGCCGGUAACAAAAGCAGCAGAUGGUCCGCAGGAUGUGCGGCAGAUGAACGAAAACCAGUCCCUUCCAAGCGAAGCUUGUUGAUGCAACCGAAAAGAAGGCCAUCUUUCAGACUAUCAUCAAGGAAACUGGCCGUUGAAGAAGAGGAACCUAAAGUUGUUUCCUCUAGAUCGAGCUUGAAGCAACCGAAGAGAAGGCCGUCUUUCAGACUUCCAAAGAUCUCUUUCAGUUGA